AAUUACACCAAGUAAUUUGAUGUGGAGUACCUUUUUCUAUCACAGUAUCAUCUAAAUAUAUUGAUAAUUUUUUUUUCCUAACAUAAUUUCCUUUGUUUUUUUAAGUUUAAAGAUAGUUUUUUUUAAUGACCAUCUAUAUAUUUUUUUUUAAUUCAUCAUUUAUUGUAUUUAUUAUGGUAUUAUAGUUAUCCUUUAAAUAAAAUAUGUUGAAAAGGAGCCUAUACAAAUAUGCAGCUUGUGUUUCCAAAGAUUCACGAUUCUCUAUUAAAAUAGCAAAAUCUGACACCUUCAGCUCUUUUCUCUUUGGACAGCUGCUGAGAGGACAAGUUAAAAAAAAGAGUAACAGCUGAAUUUAAUAGAAAUUCUGCUUUAGUCACGACACUUAGAUUAACCACACUGCUGCUUCCUGUCACAUGACAUUAAUUUCCCACCACAUCAAUAUUAAUCAGAAAUAGCAACAGCUUCUCAGUGAACACAUCUGUGUUUUUCACACAUUCGUAGACUUUACAUCCUUACGAUGGAAGCCGUUUAUGGAAAUGUUAAAUCCAAAAAUCCUGUUUGCCAACUUCCUGUAUCAAAUCCACCAGCUUCCAUCAAGUUCAACAGAAGAUGUUAUCUCAGUGUUAUUAUUUUCAUGGUAAUGCUGAGUGUUCUCCUUCUGGCUGGACUCAUCGUUUUCAGCCUCUUCUAUGGUGACUCUGUCAGAAAUUUGCCAGAAAUCUCUGACAGCAAAGACAAUGUGACUGAGCACCUGAAUGCAGUUAUUGAGAGGCUGAAUUCCAGACUCACUGAAGCAACCAAGAAGCUGAUGGAGUUUAAACAAGGGAAAACAGGAUGCCCUGCUGAAUGGAUCAGAUUUGGUUCCUCUUGUUACUUCUUCUCAGGAGAGUCAAAGUUCUGGGAUGCAGCAAGGAAGUUCUGCAGAGCCAGAGAAGCAGAUCUGGUGGUGAUAAACAGCAAUGACGAAAAUACAUUUGUUUCUGCAUUGAAAAAGGAAUCAGUUUGGAUUGGACUAUCUGAUGAAGCCUCGGAGGGGACCUGGAAAUGGGUAGAUGGAAGUUCUCUGACUCUGGAAUUCUGGAGACAUGGUCAACCUGAUAAUCAUGAUGACAGAUAUGGAGAGGAAAACUGUGGACACAUCAGAAAUGGAUUUCCUGGACAAUGGAAUGAUCUUACAUGUUACACUUCACUGCAGUUUAUCUGUGAAAAAGAUUAAAUGUUAAUUGUUUAAAAAAAUCUUUAUAUGUUAUCAUAAAGACUGGGAUUUUAAAAUCCUUUAGAAUACAUACAGAGUAAAAGCUUACACAAGAAAUGCUCUUUAACUAGACUGUACAACCAAAUGUUGGUUCUGCCAUGAAAAUAAUUGCAGCUCAGUUUGAAAGGUUAACAAAUACUUGUAGAAAUAUUUGAAUAUUUAAUUAUGUGAUAGCUUGAUAGCUUUUUAUACCCCAUAUAUAUAUGUUUGUUUUAUUUUCUUUUUUGUAAUGUGAUAUGAUGGCAAAUCAAGCAAAUUAUAAGACCAAACUAAGAGAUAAUGAGUAACAAUUUGGAGUUUUUGUAAGGGUGUUUUUCCUCUGACACCAAGUUGAAUUGGGUUUCAACAUUAAAUUGCCACUUACACAGUUUUGGCUUUAGCUGGAUUUCAACUCUCAAAUACCACACAUCACCACAUCAUGGCUAAUACUCUGUGGGAGUUGCCUGUGGCAUCCCACAAUCUUAUCUCUGUGCAAUGGAAUUUAAAUUUGUCAAAGGGAAAAAAAAAUGUAAAACGGUGGAUUCUGUGCUUCUAGCUUUGUGUUUUAUUAUAGA